GACAGAGAAAUACUUGCUGUUGUAUUCCGUGGUUCUUAAAAGGGUCGUAAUACACAACACAAGUUAACUUACCAGAGUCAAGAGUAAAAGGGAGUGUAGUUUGUAGAUGUUAUUGUUUUCAUGCUGGUGUUAUAUAUUAAUUUCCACUUCUUAUUCUACUUUAUACGAGGGGUAUUAUGGAUAGAAAAAGAAGGACUGAGUCAGACGCUGGAGUGAACAGAUACUGAGCUCGUGUAUUAGUUGAAGAGAGAGAAGAAUAAAGGGAAUGUUGGAACUAAAGUGAAGAGAGCACGACAGUCGCGCGGCACGCGGCGCACCGUACGCACGGGUUUUGCGUUGCGUUUAAACUUAUAUAUAUAGAAUAUAUUUAUAUAAAUAUAUAUACUCUUACUAACUAUAAUUCUAUCUAUCUUUUAUGUUAUAUAUUUUCAAUUAACUAUAUCUACAUACAUUAAAUUAGGAUCGAAGUAUCUGUCAACAGACGUAAUCAUAAUCACUAUCAUCUAGCGCGCUCUUGAAACGACAUCUACUAGAUAUAAGAUUUAAGAUCCUCCAGCAUCCCUACACACGUUCUUGACAGCUGUUAUCAGUAUCUCCAGCUGACAGUGAUCUACACAUGGGCUCACGUCAAUGAAUACGUAGGAAGCAGACAUAUUUCUUGGAAGUAAAGCGACCCUGCAACACAAACUAACUCUUCGGGAAGGAUCAAGAUGCUUUUUAGAGAACCGGAACAAUCAAUCAGAGUAGCAAGUAGUAAAGUGAUAAAUAAAAUUUAAAGUUAAAAACAAAUGGUCAGCACCGGAGUCAGAGGAAAAUAAAAACUAAAGAAUAAGGAAAAUAUAAAAAGUAUAAGUUGAGUUUAAUGACUGCCAUAAAGUACCUUGAAGAAGCAACUCUUUUAAUUCAAAACUUUACUAAAGUCAUAAGUCUUUGUAAGAGAAUCCAGUGGCAGAGCAAAGUGGACGUUGGUUCAGGUGCAAUUUAAGAUUUAAAAUAAAAAAAAUCCACUCUAGGAUAUUCACUUAGUCUAGUUAAAAAACAAAAGCAAUAGAAGGAGAAGAAGAACAAAAAUAGUAUUGUUAGUUUUUUAAAUAAUUUAUUUGACAAUAAAGUUCAGAAGGAAUCUCCAGUUGUUUCUUAUCCAUUUUAAAGACUUUCUAUGUCUGUGAUACAGAAAGAGAAGUGAAGUAGAAGAAUAGAAUUGGAGACGUCUCAAUGCGCCGCAAUUAAAUGGCCACUCGGUUCAAAGUGUGACUAAUCUGCUUGGAGAAAGAAAUAUAAAAUAUAAAGAAGCUGCAAAGAAUAUAAAAAACAGGAAGAAAGAAAGAAAGUUAAGUAAAGUGAAAGGAGUGAGAUGAAAUAAAAAAAAAGGGCGAUCUGAAGAGAACGAUCGUUAAAGGAAUGCGAGAGAGGAGCGUUCUUGAGAUUCUUUGGUGCACUUCCGGUCGUUUGAGGUGGAUAUUCGAGUGACUCGCGUUCUAUCAAUUUCUUUCUACUCCCUCACAUCCUUAACAUUAUGCUGAUCAUUCAACGGCCAGGACAAAGGUAGUUCGUGCGGAUGAGUGCCCGGAGGCUUUACCGUUCGCCGAUUUAAACGAUCGGCGGAUGGACAGCCUCGCGUUGGGAAAGCCUAGUACGUAAAAAGGAAAACAGCCACCGCAAAAUCAGUCAGUUGCUCUAAAGAUAUGAGAAAGGAAGGAAGGAAGGAGUUUUGAAUAACCGGCUUAAGUUGUAGUCUUCACAUUAAAGCAAAUUAUAAGACAAAUUGCAACGUCACGUUGUUGCGAUACAACUAGUGCAUAUAUACAUAAAUUAUAUAUUUAUUCAACGGAAGCUUCCACGUAUAAAUAUGAUGUUUUUUCCCCGCCAUAAAACGAUGCAAUUUUAAAUCCCGUGUUGGUUUAACUUUUUUUCUUAAAGAGAAAUAAAGAUAUAGACACACGGUCAGUGUCAUUUAGUCCGUCGUCUCGGUAACACACCUACGAUAAAUCCACCUCCUUUUAAAGGUGGAUGAUAAAUUAUUACCAGUUUAUUUAACUUGGUUGAAUUACUGCCAAUACUGCCAUUAUUCUCAGUGCCUUUAACGGAUUAUCCGUUUUAUCGUGUCUUCAUAAAAGCUCUUAUAUUUUGAUUAAAAAUAUAAUUCAUUUACAAGACCGAUAUUAUUAUAUUUUUUUUUUUUAAAAACGUGAUCUUGUAAAUUUAAGACUUUGACUGUGAGUGUAAAAGUAUAUGCAAUUAUUUAUACGGGAAGUUCAUGUGCGGAAAAGUGUCGAGUGAAGUUUUGUUUUUAAAAUAUAAUGGAUUAACCAUUUAAUUAAUCGAAAAAUAGUGUGCCGCGUUUUUUUUAUUUAAGUUACUUAACAUUUAAAUUAGUGAGUGAGUUUAUAUUUAAAAGCAACAGUGAAGAUGAUGCUCUAUAUUAUAUUUUUUUCUCUUCUGACCAACAUCUUGGCUACUAAGCCACACUCUUUAAUGUACGCCGACGAUAAAGUGCAAAAUUAUCUAAUGAAAUUCGGGUAUUUGCCAGAGAGUGAUCUGGAGACAGGAAAUCUUAGAACGGAUGAUCAAUUAAGAGAAGCUGUCAAAGAUCUGCAGAGGUUUGGCGGUAUUAAAGUGACAGGGGAAAUCGACGAAGCGACACAGAAGCUGAUGAAGGCCCGACGUUGCGGUCUGUCAGACAAGCCCGACCCACGCUUCGAGAGAUCAAGACAUAAGAGGUUCACAAUUCACGGGCAACAUUGGCCGUACAAAAAUCUCACCUGGAGUUUGCGAACAGAGCGACCAAGUGGAUUAGAUCCCUAUGGGGUGAGACAAGAAUUAAGCCGCGCACUGGAUCUAUGGGCAAGAAAUUCAAAGCUUACAUUUCAAGAAGUCAACAGCGACCGUGCAGAUAUUCUCAUAUAUUUUCAUCGAGGAUAUCACGGUGAUGGUCACCCUUUUGAUGGACGUGGACAAAUAUUAGCACAUGCUUUUUUUCCCGGUCGUGAUCGUGGAGGUGACGCACACUUUGAUGAAGAAGAAAUAUGGUUGCUGCAAGACGACGACAAUGAAGAAGGAACAAGUUUAUUUGCGGUAGCGGCUCACGAGUUUGGUCACUCGUUAGGUCUCGCCCACAGUUCAGUACGAGGUGCGCUUAUGUACCCGUGGUACCAAGGGAUCUCUCAGAACUAUGAACUGCCUGAGGAUGACAGGAAUGGCAUACAACAAAUGUAUGGCUCACCAGAGGGUAAACUUUGGGCAAAUAUACCUGGAGCUUCAGGUCCAUCUCAACCUUAUCAUCCGCGUCUUACAUCGACAACUACAACGACAACUACGACUCCAAGACCACGAACAACCCAAAAGUACUGGAGAACAUGGCCUACUAGGCCAAACAGUUAUCCAGAUGAAAGAGAAAGAGAACGAGAUAGAGAAAGAGAAAGAGAUAGGGAAAGAGAAAGAGAAAGAGAAAGAGAACGAGAAAGAGAGAGAGAAAGGAAUGGAGAUAGGCCAGAUUACAAGCCUCAGGAUCGUUAUCCUUACAAGCCAGAUUACAGAACAGAAAUACCAGAGAGACCGAAUUGGCCCGAGAGACCGACAUGGCCUAAACGACCGGGAUGGCCUGAGAAACCAAAUAAACCUCAUCGGCAUCAUACGACAACUACUACCACAACAAUUUUACCACCGCCACAACGACCGAGACAUCGUUCGACUCCAAAACCCAGGAAUGAUACUCCUGAUAAAUGUGAUACCAGCUAUGACGCUAUUAGUAUCAUUCGACGAGAAGUCUUUAUCUUCAAGGGAAGAUAUUUCUGGAGGAUAGGAGACCAAGGAUUAUAUGAGGGCUACCCAGCAGAAAUAGUCCGUCUAUUUGAUCUGCCCGAAGAUCUCGACCACGUGGACGCAGUUUACGAACGACUAGACAAGAAAAUAGUAUUUUUCAUAGGAAGAAAUUAUUACGUCUUCAACGCAAACAAACUCGAGCCCGGGUAUCCACGAUCGCUCAGUACCCUGGGUCUUCCGGACAGUCUAGAGAAAAUAGACGGAGCCAUGGUAUGGGGUCAUAACAGUAGAACUUAUUUCUUCAGCGGCACUAUGUACUGGAGGUUUGAUGAAUCCAUAAAUUAUGUCGAAUUGGAUUACCCAAGAGACAUGAGUAUGUUCGCAGGCGUUGGCAACAAUAUCGACGCCGUAUUUCAAUGGAAAAAUGGUAAAACAUAUUUCUUCAAAGGUAAAAAGUUUUGGGAAUUCGAUGAUCUUCGAAUGAGAGUUGUACACGAAAAACCAAAACUUUCAGCACCAGUUUGGAUGGGAUGUCCACCGGAAAUUGAUACAAAUGACAUUGAUUAUACGCCAAGACGAGCAAAAAUAGUCAAUACAGUUAGCACAGGAAAUAAACAAACCAUGACAUUAUCAUUAUUGAUUUCUCUACUUGUUGCAUCAAUAAUUAUGAGAAUCACUUAGCUCAUGUAAUUUUAAUUUUAUUAUUUGUAAUUUUUAAUUUGUAAAUUUAAAAAACAAAAAAGAAAACUGAAAAAGACAAUCGACAAUUUGUCGUGAAUUACUUUAUACUAUAAAUUUUUUAAAAAUAAUUACUGCCAAAAAAUGAAAAAAAUAAAUUCAACUAAAAAUAACAAAAGAAUUUUAAGUAAAUAAAAAUAAAAUACCAGGCCUGCCUUCAAAAAUUAAUGGAUAAAUAAUCUAUUUUAAAAUUUUAAAAUCAAAAAUAUUUUAUAAAUAAAAUGUGUAUGUAAUUUUAUUAGCCUUUAUAUGUAACUUAAUAUUUUAUUUAUAUAUUGGUGUAUACGAAGAUAGUAACUUCCGUCCCAUGAUGUUGAAGUGAAAAAACAUUUGAAAAAAAAAAAAAAAAAAAAAAAAAGUAAUUAAAAUAAUUAAAUAUUAAUUCUCAAAGCACAUAUCUGUGUAAAAAAAGUUGUUGAAAAAGUUUUAAAAAGCGAAGAUAAUUUUAAACUUAAAAACGUGACACAACGAUGAACUUUUUGUUUAACUUCCUGUUAUGAAAAUUAAACAUUUUCAAAAAAAAAAAAAGUUUUUUCUGUAUGACGAUAAUGUUCUUAUAGAUUUCGUCGUUUUCUGGUCAUAGAAAGUUAUUCUGACUAUUUUUACAUGGCGGUAAUCAAAGGGCUCACCAAGAUUUAGAACCGAUUAGAUUUUGAAGUCGAUCAGUCGAGUAGUUUACGAGUUAUAUAAAAAAUAAGAAUUUUUUGAAGUUUUUUUUUGUAUAACUCAUAAACCACUUGCCCAACUUGCCUCAGAAUGUAAUGUUCUAAUUCCGUGAGCCCUUUCGAUUGCCGCCAGUUGGCUGAUCCGUUUAAAAAAAAUCGUCGGACAAAAAUUAUGUUAUUUUCAAAAAAAUGUGUUCUUUCGAUCAAGAGUUUUUUGAGUUUAAAAAUUUACAAGUAAUAAUUUUUUAAAAUUUUCUGAGUUCAAAAACAACAGGAAGUUUUGGGCUCGGCCGCAGGUCAACAAAAAGGCUACCGAACGUAAAAGUUGACAUUGUUAUGUUUUGAAGCUUAGAAUAGUCAACACGUUUUCAAUAAUUUUUUUUACAUUACUAAGUGCAUCAGUUUUAUAAACUGUGAUAUAUAAUUAUAACACAAAAAAGCUAAAUAAACUAGUAAAAGAAAAAAAAAUAAAUAAUUGUAAUACACGCAGAGAAAUUUUUAGUAAAAAUUAUUCAAAAAGUUUGAUACUGUGAGGACAUGUAGUAAAUAUAUAUAAAUUUCUUCCAUACAUAUUGUAAAAUAUACUACUUGAUAGCACGUGUCAAGUGCAAUUUUUACUAAAAACAGUAAGAAUUUAGUUACUGGCUAGAUGUCUACAGUAGCAAAUAUUGUGGGUAAUUUUUACUAAAAAAUGAUCUGCGUGUAAUGAAAUAUAAGAUGUAACAUGGGAUAAAAUGGAAGUACUCCCAAAAUAAAAUAAUACAUUUUAUAAAGUCAAAAAUUUUAUAAAAUAUUUAUACUUAGAACGGCCUUAUUGCCUUGUAAUUUUUAUAUAUUGUAAUCUUUUGUAAAAGUUUUUCAGCUUUUUAUAAUAAAUAAUUGAACAAGUAUUUUUAAAAAUAAAAUAAAAUUUUAUCUAUUCAAGUCUUCUCAAAAUGUUGAAUAGUUUUUACAAGCCUGGGAUCAUUAUGACUUACGACUUAUUCAUUAAAUAAAAUAUUAAUAUUCGAUUCAAAAUUCGAAUUAUUUAUCAAUAAAUUACUGUUAAAAUUUUUUGAAUUUCCCGCGUGUGAAUUUGAAUUUAAUAGUCAAAUAUUUCAACUAAUUGUUUUAAUUACAAGUGAAUAAUUAAAAAAUUACGAAUUUUUCAAAUCGAAUACUAAUAUUCGACUCAAUUUUAUCAUUAUUCGCACGUCAAUUGUAUUUAAAUAUUGAAUCACAGACUUGAAAAAUCAAAGUAAAUAAAUAAAUUGUAAAAUAUAAGUAAAGUUCCCAAAAAUACUAUUUUUCAUUCACUAGCUAUUUAAUAUUUUUCUUUUAAAUUGUGAUUUGUAAGCAACAAAAUGCAUUAAUUAUUAAAUAAUUAUGUAUUAAUUUACUGCCGUAUCGUUACUGACGCAAUGAAAUUUUUUAACGUGCAACUGUUAGUAGUAAGACGUUAAUUUUUUUAUUUUCUACCAUGAAAGUGUAAAAAAAAAUUUA